UGUGUGUGUUUGUGUGUCUGUAAUUUCUUUGCCAGCUUGCUUUUUAAAGCACUUAAACCUGAAAACAAAUUAUGGGAAAAUACUCUCCAGCAGAAAGCCGCUGAGCUAUUCUGGUGCUUUCAGAGGAAACCGGCGUCUGCAACAAAAACAGGAACAAAACGCCGACAAGAGACUCCAAACUAGGACGGUAUCAGCUCCAACCGCAUGUGACAGUGACUGUUAUGGCCUUUUAAAGCCGGAAUAUUUGACCUUUAAUCACGGAACCCCAUCAGUGAUGCUGCUGGACACCACGGAGUCGACCUCGGAGCUGGGCUGGACCACCUAUCCAGACACCGGGUGGGAUGAAGUCAGCGUUCUGGACGAUCGGGGGAAACUCAUCCGGACCUUCGAGGUCUGCAAUGUGAACCAGAACCCCCGUCUGCAGGACAACUGGCUGGCCACGCCCUUCCUGUACCGACACUCGGCGCCCCGGGUCUUCGUCACGCUCAGGUUCUCGGUCCGGGACUGUUCCAGCCUCCGGUCGCCGUCGCCGACCUGCAGAGAGACGCUGACCCUCUACUACAAACAGGCCGACUCUCAGAGGGAGCUGGAGAAGACCUGGGCGGCCGAGCCGUCCAGCGGUGAGAAGGAGACCAGAGAAGGUUGGGUGAAGAUCGACACCAUCGCUGCUGAUAAGAGCUUCUCCAAGGUGGAGCCCAGUUCUCCUCACCAGUACCAGCCCAACAGAUACAGCCGGAUCAACGUCAAGACCCGCAGCUUCGCCCCGCUCACCAGGAACGGCUUCGUCCUGGCCAUCGUGGACAGCGGAGCUUGUGUUUCUCUGAUGGGCGUCUCCAUCUUCUACCGCCGCUGUCCGUCCACCAGCCUCUACCUGGCCUCCUACCCGGCCACGCCUUCAGGAGCAGAACCCACCGCUCUGGUUCCCGUCACCGGAACCUGCGUCCCUCACAGCAAGACUCAGGGAGGAACGCCGCCUCGGAUGCACUGCAACGCCGAGGGGGAGUGGAUGGUUCCUGUGGGGGGAUGUGUCUGUGACGAGGGACACGAACCAAACCUGAACGGAUCCGCCUGUCUGGCUUGUCCUGUGGGCUACUUCAAGUCGGUUCCGGGCUCGGUUCCCUGCUCCGUGUGUCCGUCCAACAGCAGGACCAGCCAGGAGGGCUCCAGUGUUUGUGAAUGUCGCAGCGGGUUCUACCGAGCCGCCGGCGAUGCCAACUCCUCUGCCUGCACAACUCCUCCAUCGGCUCCGGUCUCUCUGUCCUGGGAGUACGAGAGUGGAGACGGCGGGGUGUCCCUGAGGUGGCGCCCCCCGGUGGACAUGGGUGGUCGCAGCGAGGUGUGGUACGGGGUGGUGUGUCGGAUCUGCCCCUCGGCCGCCGUCACUAACCCGGUGUCCUGCUCCUGGUGUGGAGAAGGAGUCACCUUCAGCCCCACCCAGACCAACCUGAAGCAGACCAGAGUGACCCUGAACAACCUGCUGACCAGAGUCACCUACCUCAUCCAGGUGCAGGCCAUGAACGAGGUGUCGGUUCUGAGCCCUUUUCCAGCCCGAUACACCAGCAUCAAUUUCACCACCAGCCAGUCAGUUCCCAGUACGGUUCCCAUGAUGCACCAGCUGAGCCGGGCUCCAGACUCCAUCACUCUGUCCUGGCCUCAGCCCGACCGACCCAACGGAGACAUCCUGGAGUACCAGCUCCGAUACUACGACAAGGGCUCAGACGUGGAUUCUGCUCUCAACGUCUACAGCGAAACCAACACCGCCACCGUCAACUCUCUGAUUCCUGGAUCCAUCUACGCCUUCCAGAUCAGAGCCAGAAACGAGCGAGGAUACGGACCCUACAGCAACACCAUCUACUUCACCACGCUGCCUCUGGAGGAACACUCCCAGCAGAUCCAGAAUCGGCUCCCCCUGCUGGUCGGCUCGGUGAUGGGCGGGGCGGCCUUCCUCCUGGUGGUGGCUGCCAUCGUGGUGGUGGUCGUGUUCCGCAGUAAGAGGAGGGAGAGUCCGUACAGCGACAGACUGCAGAGAUACAUCAGCAACAGAGGAGGAGUGAAGUACUACGUGGACCCGUCCACCUACGAGGACCCCAGUGAGGCGGUUAAAGAAUUUGCCCGUGAGAUCGACCCGACCCACCUGAAGAUCGAGGAGGUGAUCGGAGCAGCCCAGUUUGGGGAGGUGUCUCGGGGCCGGUACCGUCCGAUGGGCCGCAGGGAGGUUCUGGUGGCGGUGAAGACGCUCCGCUGGGGGGCGUCGGACCGGGAGAGGGGCAUGUUCCUCAGCGAGGCCGGAGUUCUGGGGCAGUUCGACCACCCCAACGUCCUGAAGCUGGAGGGAGUCGUGACCAGAACCCCCCCGGAGAGGAUCGUCACCGAGUUCAUGGAGAACGGACCUCUGGACGCCUUCCUCAGGGAGAACGAGGGUCAGUUCAGCAUCCUGCAGCUGGUCGGCAUGCUGAGGGGCGUUGGUGCCGGGAUGAGGUACCUUUCUGAGAGGAACUUCGUCCACAGAGACCUGGCGGCCAGAAACGUGUUGGUCAACUCCAACCUGGUCUGCAAGGUGUCCGACUUCGGCCUGUCCAGACUGAUGAGGGGUCUGGACCACAACAUCCCCACCUACACCGCCUCGCUGGGCAGUAAGAUUCCUGUGAGGUGGACGGCACCAGAAGCCUUCCAGCAUCGUAAGUUCAGCUCAGCCAGCGACGUCUGGAGCUUCGGCAUCCUGAUGUGGGAGGUGAUGUCCUACGGAGAACGUCCAUACUGGGACAUGAGCAACCAGGAGGUGAUGAAGGCUGUAGCGGAUCAGUACCGCCUUCCUGCCCCCCAUAACUGCCCCGCCGCCCUCCACUCCCUGAUGCUGCAGUGCUGGCAGGCCGACCGGGGUGACCGGCCCGGCUUCGAGUCUCUGCUGUCCUCUCUGGACCGGCUCAUCAGACACCCGGCCUCCCUGAAGGCAGAACCCACCCGGAGCUGCUCCCAGCCGCUGCUAAGCCCCACCCCCACCGACCUGUCGGCCGUGGCGACGGUCAGCGAUUGGCUGAAGGCUCUGAGGAUGGAGCGGUACCAGGACGAGUUCGACCGGGCUCACCUGGACUCACUGGACCGGGUCAGCAGGCUCACCAUGGAAGACGUCCAGAACCUCGGCGUGAACCUGUUGGGCCACCAGAGGAAGAUGGCGAUCGCAGCCCAGCAGCUCAGAGCCCACCUGAACCGGGGCCAGGUGGAGGUCUGAGCUCCAGAACCUCCUCCUGAACCGGGGCCAGGUGGAGGUCUGAGCUCCAGAACCUCCUCCUGAACCGGGGCCAGGUGGAGGUCUGAGCUCCAGAACCUCCUCCUGAACCGGGGCCAGGUGGAGGUCUGAGCUCCAGAACCUCCGGCUGUGACGGAGCAUGUUUCAAAAACCAAAAGAAGAAGAAGAAGAACCAGCGAAGCAACGCCACUCUGAUCAACCGGGAGGCGCAAAACGGAACCGGACUCGGACUUUUUCCCGCCGAGUCGUCAGAGAGAUGCACUAUGGGAGCUGCGGUCCGGAUCUCAGUGAGGCUGCCAAGGACAUUUCCUUCAUGUUUUCACCACGUUUCACAUUUUAUGGUCGUCUGACUCCUCCUCACCUCCCAAACCCUCUGUCCUCUAAACCUCCUCCACCCUCACCGAUACAAAAAGAUCUUUUGUUGAAUAUUUUAGGGAGAUCUCCUCCUCACAAAGAAUUGCGUGAAGACAAUCAAGAAGCCUUUUUUUCUGAUAUUUUUCCAGUUAUCUGUAAAGUUCUAUCACUUCCUCAAAAUUUGAAAAAGCCAAAUGUUCGAUGCGGUGUGUUGAGACACGACAUGGCAAAAAUGAGACCCAAAAUGACAAAAUGACGAAAAUGAGACAAAAUGACAAAAAUGAGACCCAAAAUGGCAAAAAUGAGACACAAAAUGACAAAAACGAGACCCAAAAUGGCAAAAAUGAGACACAAAAUGACAAAAACGAGACAAAAUGACAAAAAUGAGACGAAAAAUGACAAAAAUGAGACACAAAAUGGCAAAAAUAAGACACAAAAUGACAAAAACAAGACAAAAUGACAAAAAUGAGACGAAAAAUGACAAAAAAGAGACACAAAAUGACAACAGCUAUUUGUAAAGUUCUAUCGCUUCCUCCAGACCUAAAAAAGCCAAAUGUUGGAGGUGGUGUGUUGCAGCAGCCAGCGGUGGAAGAAUCAGGCCCAGAAUAACGUCCAGAAAACGCCGUCACUGAAACCAGAAGAUGCUCGUAGACGCCGCAGGUCGAAGCUUCAUCUCGGCUGCAAACCGCCGAAACCGGAACAAACACGUUUUCAUGUUCGUCCACAUGGAAGAAAACUCACAGUCAUCAUGAGGAACGGAACGACGGACAAAACGGAUCUGAUUUACACUUGAAGGAAGAGAAAUGUUAGUGUGUGCGUGUGUGUGUGUGUGUGCGUGUGUGUGUGUGAGACUAGUGUGUCGGGCUACACACAUUACUAGCUGUUUACUUGUGCGAGUGUUCACCACUAUUCCGUAAUAAUUGUGCAAAUUUGUAAAAUAAAUAUGAUUUUAUUUAAAGAG